AUGGCCAUCACAGAACUAAAUCAUCCGGGCAACGCCAGCGUUGCCUCUCAGGAGCAGGCUUCCAAGACGAAAAUCAUCUAUGUUUCGUUGCUUUUCUUACUAUCCUUGACGGCGUUUGUAUGCCAAACUGAGUUUACCUCUCAAGCAUAUAAGCUUGGGUUCGGCGAGCCCAUCAUCCUUUUGCUCGUCACCCACGGCUCUUGGUGGACGUUGUGGCCGCUCCAGGCAUUCUUUGUGUCUUUGUUCAAGACAAUUGGCAAAGCCCGUGGCGCUCGAGGGGUCCGCUACGAGCGGCUCAAUUCCAACGCUUUUCUCUUGCAAAACGAGGCCGGCCACCCCCAAACCUCCAGCCCCGUGGCCGCAAGGUUCCACCCGUGGAACUACUUCAAAAGAUGUGUCGUGAAACAAAUCCACAAUGUGUACCACUCGUCCAUUCUUGUGUACGAGCCCAAUGUGAACGGCGACAAAAGCACCAGUAAUUUGGGCGCCUUGGUGGAAAAGAACCCUCACCUUUCGGCUUCAAGCUCCAUAACCUCAUGCAUACGUAGCUUCAUGACUACCCCUUCUUUCAAAUACGUUGCUUUCAAAGUCGGCUUGAUCUCUCUCGUACUCAAUACCGCUGGUUUCACGUGGUACGGUGCCAUGGCAAUGACGUAUGCUUCUGAUGUCACCGCUAUUUACAAUUGUUCUGCGUUUACCGCCUAUGCGUUUGCCAUUCCUUUGUUGAACGAGAAGUUCUCGUGGCUCAAAGCGAGUUCAGUUAUUAUUGCCAUUGCUGGUGUGUUCGUUGUUGCAUACUCUGGUUCUGACUCUUCCCUGGACUCAAAAGAGCAAUAUCCAUAUAGGUUUUGGGGCAAUCUCAUCAUUUCCAUUGGUGCAGUGUUGUACGGAUACUACGAGGUUUUAUAUAAGAAAUACGUCUGCGUGCCUGCUCACUUAUCCGUGGUUGUGACACCAAGACGUCAACUGACAUUUUCAAACUUUGUCAUGUCUCUUUUGGGCUUUUUCACGGUGAUUUUCUUGCUUUUGUUGGUAUUUUGUAUUGAGGUUUUCCACAUUCAUCGUUUUAACUUGUUCAAUUACGGAGAAAAGACUGCUAUUAUUUGGCUCUACAUCUUUGGCUCAAUUGUGUCCAACUUGUUGUUUAGUGCUGGGUUCCUUUCCCUAAUGGCAUUGACUUCUCCCGUCUUGUCCUCAGUCAGUUCAUUGGUAACCAUCUUCUUGAUUGGAGUCGUUGAAUGGGUAAUCUUUGGAAAUGCUCUUGGUAUCAUGCAGUUAAUUGGUGAUGCGUUGGUUAUUGUCGGCUUUGUUGUUCUCACAAUUGCUUCUUGGAAAGAAAUCAGUGAGGGUAAUGAUGAUGAUGAGAUUGAGGAGGCAUCCCUUUACUCAUUUGCUCCUAGCGAGGAGACUGCAAAUGAAAUGCGCUAG